AUGUCAGGAAAUAUCAAGGUCGUGGUAAGGUGUCGGCCACUGAACUCGAGAGAGAUAGCGAGGGGAGCGAAAUGCUUGAUCCGAAUGGAAGCUGGAACGCAUACAUUUCUAGAUCCGCCCGCGACCGAUACCGACUCUGUUGCCGAUCCCAAAGCGAAAUCGAAAUCAUCGGCAACUGACAAGGAGACCAAGAGCUUCGCUUUCGAUCACAGUUACUGGUCGGCAUGUCCUAAGGAUGAACCUGGUUAUGCUUCUCAGCAGACCUUAUACGAAGAUCUUGGAGUCGAUUUACUGAACAACAGUUUUGAAGGAUACAAUUCUUGCAUUUUUGCUUAUGGUCAAACUGGUUCCGGAAAGUCGUACUCCAUGAUGGGCUAUGGUCAAGAUCGUGGAAUCAUCCCAUUGACCUGUUCAGCCCUGUUCGAUCGAAUUCAAGAAAAGACGGUAACGGAUCCAGCAGUAUGCUACACAGUUGAAGUUUCGUUUAUGGAAAUCUACAACGAGCGUGUCCGUGAUCUGCUGAACCCAAAGAACAAGGGCAACCUUAGAGUCCGAGAGCAUCCCAGCUUAGGUCCCUACGUCGAAGAUCUAUCAAAGCUGGCAGUCCAAUCUUACAGCGAUGUUGAGACGUUAAUGGAUGAGGGCAACAAAGCGCGAACGGUUGCGGCGACAAACAUGAACGAAACGUCAUCCCGUUCUCAUUCGGUCUUUACACUCUUACUGACUCAGCGAAGAAAAGAUGCGACGACCGGUAUGGAGGGCGAGAAAGUCUCAAGAAUCAGUUUGGUCGAUCUUGCUGGCUCGGAGCGGGCUAACAGUACUGGUGCUACCGGUGUGAGACUCAAAGAGGGUGCUCAGAUCAACAAAUCUCUCACCACGCUCGGAAAGGUCAUCUCAGCCCUUGCUACUGCCGGUGGAUCGUCCGGUCCUGGAAAAAAGAAGAAGGCAGAGGAGCAUGUUCCCUAUCGAGAUUCGGUAUUGACCUGGCUGUUGAAAGACAGUCUCGGGGGUAACUCGAAAACCGCAAUGAUUGCUGCCAUCAGUCCGGCCGAUUACGAAGAGACUCUUUCCACCUUACGAUAUGCGGAUCAAGCCAAGAAAAUCAAGAACAAGGCAGUUGUGAAUGAGGACCCCAAUGCCAAACUGAUCCGGGAAUUGAAGGAAGAACUUGACACUUUGCGUUCUCGGAUGAUGGGGGGUCAUAGCGAAGAUACCUAUGACGUCAGUCUACCGCCCGACAAACAGAUCGUCAAAUAUCAAACCAAGAGCGGAGAGAUCAAAACCGUCACCAAAGCCGCCCUUCAGGAGCAACUGGAGCAAUCGGAGAAACUUAUGAACGAAGUUGCUCAGACCUGGGAAGAGAAAUUGAAAAACACAGAGGUCGUCCAGAAAGAACGAGAGCAAGCAUUGGAAGAACUUGGCAUCACCAUCGAGAAGAACAACGUUGGGGUCUAUACACCCAAGAGGAUGCCCCAUCUAGUCAACCUGAACGAGGAUCCCUUGAUGUCGGAAUGUCUCAUCUACCAGAUCAAGCCUGGCACAACUACCGUGGGGAACACCGAAACUACAGAGCCAUGUGACAUUCGACUCAGUGGUCGUAAUAUUCUCGCUCAACACUGCCACUUCGAAUCUGAUAAGGAGACGGGUACAGUCGAGCUGUUUUCUCAUCCAAACGCACCCACCAUGGUCAACGGCCAACGUCUAAGCCCAGAUAAACCAAGAAAGCUUCGAUCAGGUUAUCGAGUCAUCUUGGGAGAUUAUCACAUCUUCCGUUUCAAUCACCCAGAGGAGGUCCGUAAACAUCGAGAAAAGGUUAAUACAACUAAUGAAACUGGAAACGAGCUUCGAUCACCACGUGAUUUUGCCAAUGAUCCAAAUGGCUCAGCUUCGCCCCUGCACCGGCCCGAUACCCCCACUUCUAACUCGGUCAUCGACCCACAAGAUUAUCAUUACGCUCGACGAGAAGCCGUGAUCUCCAAGCUGAAUGGCACUGAAGUUAAUCUUGAUGAAAUGGAUGAGGCGGAAUUCGAGAAACUGUUUGAUGAUGUGGUCAGGCUGCGCAUGCAGCGGAAAGUUGGUACUAGCGCCAGCGGGCGAGAGAGCAGGAUGUCAUACAUCAGCGAAGAAGAGGACAUUCUGUCUGCCUCUCAUCGACCACCUUCCGGCAGUACGUUCGUCACAGACGAUACGAGUAUUGCUGGAUCGAUUUUCAAUGACCUGGAGCUAACGAUCCCCGAGCAAGCAAGCCAAAUGAAACGCAGCCCCAGUGAUCUUACAUCAAACGGAGCUUUCGAAACCGAACACUUGAGGCUGGAGAAAGAGCAGGUGGAAAACCAAAUGAAAGAACUGAAGGAAGAAAUGGAACAAAAAUUAGAGGUCCAGAAACAAAUGUUCCAAAAGAAGGUGAAGAAGCUGAGGACGAAGAGUAUGCAAUUCAACCAGGAUGGCUUGGAUGCUGCAUUUGAGCUUGAAGAUUGGACUCCAGAAGAAAGACAUCUGGCUCGAAUUUCGAUCAAACGGUGGAAACAGCUGAACCGGGUGAAGAUUGCCGAAAAGCUGUUGAGAAAAGCUGUGAUCCUCAAGGAAGCCAACGUGAUCAGUCGGGAGCUGAAUAAAAUGGUUACUUACCAGUUUAUCAUCGUAGACCGAUCACCCCUCGAGCUUACCACGUCGGCACUAGAAUCGAUCAAGGGACUCAGCGAAUUUGACGACGUGUCGGAUCCAGAGUUGAGCGAUCGAUCCAACAGACCCUGUAUUGGUGUGAAGGUUCUUGACAAACGUCAUAGAUCGGUUUAUCUGUGGUCUCUCGACAAGCUCGAGACGAGGGUGAGCCAGAUGCGGAACCUCUUCAACUUCAUCGACAAGCCCGAAUUCUCUCAGCAUUUCAAUUGGGAAGAUCCUUUCUAUGACCCGUCGCCACCCUUAUAUUCUUUCAUUGCCCACGCGUUCAUACCUCUCGGCCCAAUAUACCGCAACACGCCAAUCAAAACUACGUUGACACUUUGCAGUCCCUAUACCUUGGCCUCUAUUGGCACUUGUCGCAUUCAAAUCCGAACUAUCGGUAUCGCACCGCCAGCCCGAACGGGCAUUCUGCUCAACUCGCCCAAUGGAACUAUCCAGCCUGCCGUGACUGAAAGCCUGUGUCCAUUUGUCGACGAUGCCAAAAUCACUCUCGAAAUCAUCAUUGAUGAAGUGGCCGGAUUAACUUCGAGGGACUUUUCGUCAGUGCACUGUCAGUUCCGAGCAUCCUCCAUAACGGGCGUACUCAAGCAUGGUACCGAGGAUCAUGUAUGGAGCUCCAAAGCAUUUGACUUGCCAUGCGACCAGAAGGAGAUGGUCUUGAAACAGACUAUCUCGGUAAUCAUGACCCCACAAACCAAGAUCCAUCUGGCUCGUGGCUGUGCGCCGAUCGAGUUCUUCGGCCAGCUGAUGCCAAGUUACUUGGAUCGAUUGGAACGUCAGGAUGAGAAGAAGGCUGAAGAGAAAAAGGUACCAGAAGAAAACAGCGGUCGCUCGGAACUGAUGAGUCCCCAGUCCGACUCUGGUUUCCCAGCAGCUCACAAUCCAGAUAAGUUAUCGGCCACUUCGAUCGUUCGAAUGAGACAACCCGAGACCGAAUUUGUUGUUGAACAGAUGCAUGACGUGACUAGUGCGAUCAAGAUGCUUGAACUGACUGCUCUUGGGGACUAUCAGUCAACGAUGAUUAUCUCUCAGAAUGCGCUCGAUCCGGGAGUUUUUUACCUCAGACAGGGGCUACAACGAAAACUUGCCAUCAGGCUGACUCAUAACUCCGGUCGUCAGUUUGGCUGGCAGCGGAUGGAGAAGGUAGAGAUGGGUAAUGUCAGGUUACUCGAUGGACAGGGUCGGAUACACAGCUCGAAGGUGGACAGAUGGGUCAGCAUCAAGGCCUCAAAGAAGCCCGUCGUUCAUUUUGAGGCAGAUGGAACCUCGUGGAUGGAUUACGUCGGUAAUUGGGACGCCGGUGGCCAUGAAUCAAACUAUUUGGAUCGAGUCACCCAAAGUGAACAGCGGGUAUUAGUUGAACUCAGAUGGGAAGUCGAAGCGAAGAACUGCGUUGAACCGAUCAAGUUCCGAACAGACAUCGGAAUGGUAGUCAAAGGACGCGAUCAACGAGUUGGAGAAGGAAUCUUAAGCUUACUCCGAAUAGAGAGAAGGCUCCGGCAAAUGAAUUACCUAUUUUCGAUCAAGCUGAAGCCUCUGAUGAUCAGUAAAGUAGACGAACUGUGGAGGCUGAGUACGGUCAAUCAAAUCGUUCAUGGUGAAGAAAAGCUGAAAGGAUGGAAAUCUCGUGGGCUUGGAUUGUUGACUGAAUGGAUCAAUUUUCGCGAUUCGAUCUUACUCAAAUGUGAAGUUGAUGGAAUCAAAGCCAUCACCGCUCCGCUCAGCUCCAAAUCUAAUGACCAAGAUGGCCCCCGGAAUCGAGAGUCGGGCGCUGGAGAUCUCUUCAAGAUCGGGAAAAGCUUAGAAUUGUGGCAGAAGCGUUUUGGUCCCAAAGGCAUGAUGAAAUUCCUUGAGGAACCGCAAGUUCUAGCGGUCAAUCAGCAACCAAUCGAAAGUUCGUCGGCAACAAAACAGACAUUUGAGUUACAAAAGAAUCGGAGACUGAAGGCGGAAGUGAAACUGAUACCCAAGCAUGAAAAUGCGAUCAGGAAGGGCAAGCUGAACGUCUUGAGGGAUCCGACAAGAGAUGAUUGGGUCAAUCGAUGGUUUGUGUUGAAGCGGCCAUACUUGUACAUUUAUGAGAAGAAUGACGAAGUAGAAGAGCUCGGAGUGAUCAACCUUCUCAAUGUGCAUAUCGACUCGAAUCCCGAGAUGGAACUCAUGUUGAAUAGGAAGAACAUCUUUGCGAUUUACUCUUCAACAAAUUCGUAUUUUUUAGAAUGUUUGAAUCCGAAAGACUUGGCUGAAUGGUGCUUGGCUAUCAAGCCAUUAAUUGAAUAA